GUGACACCCUGCAUGAGCAGAGUUGCUGGGACUCUCCCCUGCCUCCUCCCCAAGACUAGAAGCUUAGAGGGUUUUUUUGUUUUGUUUUUUUGUUUUUGUUUGGGCUUCUUGCCCCCCACCUCAGAGUCCACUCUGGAGAUCUUAAAGACUCUCGAGAAAAGCCACGUGGGGGGCUGGUUCCCCUGGGGUUUCCUGCCCUCCCCCGAUUGCCUGAUCCUCUGGAGUGUCCCUGAUGUCUGCAAAGAUGUCGAUCUGGACGUGUUAGUGGAGGCCUUAAGGCCCAUAGGCACCUUUAAGAAGAUCGGGAAGGUGUUCCGCAAAGAGGAGGACUCCACGGUGGGAAUGCUGCAGAUCGGGGAGGAUGUUGACUAUCUGCUCAUUCCCCGGGAGGUCCGGCUGGCUGGGGGCGUGUGGAGAGUCAUCUCCAAGCCGGCCACCAAGGAAGCUGAGUUUCGGGAGCGGCUGAUCCAGUUUCUGCAGGAGGAGGGCCGCACCCUGGAAGACGUGGCCCGAAUCAUCGAAAAGAGCACCCCACACCCACCCCAGCCCCCCAAAAAGGCCAAGGCGCCCCGAGUGAGGCGAGUCCCACAGAUGGUCACUCCUCCACCUCGGCUGGUCGUAGGCACCUAUGACAGCAGCAACGCCAGCGACAGCGAGUUGAGCGACUUUGAGACCUCCAAAGUCAAAGGCAACAGGGGCUCCCAGAGGACCAGGAAGGUGCGCAAAAUGCCAGUCAGUUACCUGGGCAGCAAAUUCCUGGGCAGCGACGUGGAGAGCGAGGAUGAUCAGGAGCUGAUAGAGGCCUUCCUCCGCCGUGGGGAGAAGACACCCAGCGCGCCUCCUCCACGUCGCCGAGUCAAUCUGCCAGUGCCCAUGUUUGAGGACAACCUGGGGCCCCGGCCGUCCAAGGCCGACAGAUGGCGGGAGUAUGUCAGCCAGGUGUCCUGGGGGAAGCUGAAACAGAGGGUGAAGGGCUGGGCGCCCAGAUCAGGCUCCGACGUGGGCGAGGCCCAGCAGGCCUCCAUCGCCGCUGAAAGGGCUGGAGAACUGAGACGCAGCCACACCAGCCGGGACGACAGCUCCAGAAACGCAGGAGAUGGGAGCGACCAGACACUGGGUACCAGACGCUGGAAGCCCAAGAUCAAGUGGGUCUCCUUGAGGAGGUGCAGGAAGGAGCAGGCGCCACCCCCAGCUCAGGGGACAGCUGAGGGGCCCCCAGAGGCCGCCGAGAACCAGGGGGCAGAGGUUCCAGCUGAACGUGGAGCAGAGGCUGCAGCUGACCCGAGAGCGGAGGCUGCAGCUAAUCCGAGGGCAGAGGCUGCAGCUAAUCCGAGAGCGGAGGCUGCAUCUAACCCGAGGGCAGAGGCUGCACCUAACCCGAGGGCAGAGGCUGCAGCUAACCCGAGGGCAGAGGCUGCAUCUAACCCGAGGGCAGAGGCUGCACCUAACCCGAGGGUAGAGGCUGCAGCUAACCCGAGGGCGGAGGCUGCAGCUAACCCGAGGGCAGAGGCUGCACCUAACCCGAGGGAGGAGGCUGCAGCUAACCCGAGGGCGGAGGCUGCAGCUAACCCAAGGGCAGAGGCUGCAGCUAAUCAUGAAGCAGAGGCUGUAGCAAAUCCGAGGGCAGAAACUGCAGCUAACCCGAGGGCAGAGGCUGCAGCUAGCCCGAGGGCGGAGGCUGCAGCUAACCCGAGGGCAGAGGCUGCAGCUAGCCCGAGGGCAGAGGCUGUAGCUAGCCCGAGGGCAGAGGCUGCAGCUAACCUGGGGGUAGAGGCUGCAGCUAAUCAUGAGUUUGAAGUUGCAGCUAAUCAGAGGACAGAAGCCCUACCUGGCCGGAGGGCAGAAGCCAUAGAUAGUCAGAGGGCAGAGGGCCCAGCUAACCAAGGGGCUGGAGCUGCAGAAAAUCAGAGGGUGGCGGCCCCGGCAGACCAGAGGGCAGAAAUCCUCCAUGACCAGAGGGAGGAGGCUGGGCCUCAGGCUAUAGCGGAAGCCUCAGCUGGCUCGGGUACCCUAGGAACAGUCUCGGGGUCUAGGGUCCGGAAACAGGUAAAGACAGUGAGGUUCCAGACCCCAGGACGUUUCUCCUGGUUCCGCAAGCGCAGGAGGGCUUUCUGGCACACUCCCCGGUUGCCAACCCUGCCCAAGAGAGUCCCCAGGGCAGGUGAGGCUAGGAGCCUCAGGGUGUUGAGGGCUGAGGCUAGAGCGGAGAUGGAACACAGAGAGCAAGAGGAACAGCUGUGAGGGGAGCCCCGGGUCCCUGCACCCGGCCCGCCCUGGGUGAGCUGAUAGGGUGCCGCCUCCCUCCCUUGCAGGCUCCGUGUUUGAAAAUGGAGGCUGCAGAGGCGGACAGCAUCUCCCACACCUUUACCUCCACUUUUCUCCCCCUUCGCUACCUUCUUCUGCCCCCCACCCUUUUUGAGACAGUCUUUCUAUGCGGCCCCGCCAGCCUGGUACUCCAUCUGUAAUCUCAAACUCACAGUACUCCCCUGCCUUAGUAUUCCAAGCACUGGGAUUGCAGGUGUGUUCCGCUGCAUCUGGCUCUAGUGACCCUCUUUUAUUGUUUUGGUUUUGUUUAAGAGGGGUCUCUCUGUGUAGUCCUGGCUGUCCUGGAACUCACUAUGUAGACCAGGCUGGCCUUGAGCUCACAGAGAUCCGCCUGCCUUUGCUAGGACUAAAGGCAUGCGCCACCAAGCCUGCCUUCCAUGACCCUCUUUAUGAUCCUUUUUUUUUUUUUUUUUUUUUUUUUUUCGAG